AAUCAAGCCAGGAAAGUAGCAGCCCUAAUGCAAUGAGAAUUACAGCAAUACAACUUCUCUCAGUCAGUGUUGAGAAUUCGAUGCGAUAUCAUCAUGGAGUUCUCUUCGAUUCUAUCAGUUUUAACGUUAUGUCUAGUCAGUUCGAUAGAAGGAGCCCGUAUUCUAUCUAUUUUCAGCACUCCUACCAAAAGUCACAGUAUUUUAGCAAUAAAGCUGGCUGAAGGAUUGAUCAAGAGGGGACAUCAUGUGACAUUAGCUAGUCCUUAUAUGUUCGAACCACAAGAAAACCUCACUCACCUCCAUUUGAAGUCUAUUCACGAAUACAAAGAAAAAAAACUAAACAAUUCCGACAAGCUAUCAAGCCUCUUCUUCAUGAUGCAGCGCAUUGUAACUUUAACAACAGCAAUAAACGAACUCUUCUGGGAAGAACCCAACAUUCAGAAGUUGAUAACAGAGAAGCCAAAAUAUGAUGCGGUUAUUCUCAUGACCUUUUUCAAUGACGGCAUAUUAGGUAUAGGGCACCACUUAGGGGUACCAACCGUAAUAUUCAACAACGUUGGUACUUUCAGUCUAUGGAACAACUACGUUGCUAAUCCUACGAUGCCUUAUUCUCAAGAUCCGCUAUUCAGCAUACCAACCGACAAUUUUUUUGGAAGGCUGACCACAGUCACUGGAAAUUUAUUGCUAGGUGCUAUGUCUAUAUAUCAGAUAGAUUCUGUCAAUCAAGCACUAUUAAAUAAAUAUCUUCCAACUUCACCACCAUUAAGAGUACUUCAGAAGAACGUUUCAAUUGUGUUAGCCAAUUCACAUGUAAGCAUAGAGCCUGCAAGACCAUAUGUGCCGAACAUGAUUCAGAUCGGUGGUUUUCAUGUACAAGAAACCAAACCACUACCAGCCGAUAUCAAACGCUUCUUGGAUGAUGCUAAAGAAGGAGCCAUUCUAUUUUCUUUAGGAUCAAAUCUGAAGGUGGAAAUGAUGGAGGAACAGAAACGUAAAGAUAUAUUCAAAGUAUUGGGUGAACUUUCUCCCAUGAGAGUAGUGAUCAAAUCUGAGAUGGCAUAUGAAGGUGUAGCAUCAAAUAUCAUGAUGAAGUCAUGGUUGCCGCAGGCAGAUAUUCUAGGUCACCCAAACAUCAAACUCUUCGUAUCACAUGGGGGCCUUGGUGGUAAUAUAGAAAGUAUAUAUCAUGGAGUACCGAUUCUAGGUAUACCCUUUUAUGGAGACCAACUGAUGAACAUGCAUGAAGCUCAAGUAGCUGGUUAUGCAAAGAUUUUGCAUCCACAGGACAUUACAGAAGAUCUAUUCCGGCAUACAUUGAAGGAGAUGCUGAAUAAUCCAAAAUAUCAACAGAUCGCAAAGAUAAGGUCUGCUCUGAUGAGGGAGCAACCUGUGAAACCAAUGGAUACUGCGGCUUUUUGGAUAGAACAUAUCAUAAAAUUCGGUGGAGGGAGUCAUCUGAAAAACGCAGGUGCAGAUUUGGAAUGGUAUCAGUUGUACAUGGUGGAUAUAUAUGUUUUCUAUACAGUAGUCGUUUCUUCAUUAACAGUAUUAAUAAUUCAGCUCAUAAAAAUUUUUCUGAGACUCUUGAAAAGAGUUUUCGUUAAGAGUAAUCCCAAGGUAAAAAAAUCUUGAUGUUGAAGAACAUCGAACGAAUGUGAGUUUUAUAGUUUUUAAUUUAAAAUAGUUGUAUUUAAUACAAGUGCAAAAGACAAUGACAUUCUUAUACAACUCACACAUUGUUGAGUUUUUGAAAAUUCAAGUACGUAUUAGAAUGAGACAUUAUUUUCUGCAUAAAAAUUAUUUGAAUCUAAUGAUUUUUUUUUAAUUUAUAUUCAUCAGUGACUUUUGUAUUAAAAUAUAUAUUAUGGCUUAGCAAUACUAACACAAAAUUGCAAAUCUCCACCCAAUGAUCUAAUAAUACAUAGAUGCUCCUUUGGGUGAUCAUGAAGUGUAACGCAUCAAUUCCAACAUAGAAGAGAGAAAGGUUCAGACUCUGAUCAAGUGACCAUGAAGUACAUGUAGAAUACAGAAAUUGAUCAGUUUAAUAUGAAGAACCAAUUAAAACUACAUUGUGCCUUGAGUCAGCUGAUGCAACAAUCGUGCAAUUUACUCACACAUGUUGUCUUCGAUUCCUUUUUCUCUACUCGCUAUCUACAUAUUAAUAGUUCAUUAUCUAGGAGAGUUGAUAGUGGUAGUGCCAAAGUAUAAAAUAAAAACAUGUAUGAAAUCCGUUGAUGAUUUUAAUAUUCUUCCACGAUUAAAUAUUACGAGAUGUUGAAGAAUUGAUCUAUUAGGCAAGAGAAAUCGAGAAAUUAUAAGACUGCCUCAUUAAAAUAAAGGAAACAUUUCACAAAAGAUAAAUGAAAAACUUUAAUCUUCAAACACCUAAUUCCACAACAAAACCACCUAAACACAUUUAAACAUGAAAGAUAAGAAGGCAAACAAAAAUAAAAAAUUUGGUUGUAAUUCUUAUCAAAGAAUAUCUCCUUUGUUCAACAAUUAUAAAUUUUAUAGAACGAAAAUUAUGUUGGCGCAUCCACCACAAUAGUCUUACAAUUAAGCAUGUAGCGCAUCCACCAUAAUUUGCAACAUCCAAUUUCCUAUCUGAAAAUGAACAUUGGAUAACAAAUUAAAAGGAAGAAGGGAUGGGGAUGUUCCUUUCUUCGGAAAGAGAAAAUCUGAACUUCCAGUCUAUUGACCUUGGAUACCUUUAAAUGAAUAGAUUUCCAAAUGGAGCUUAUAAAAAAAUGUAUAAAAGUUUCAUAUGAUAUGAAUAGAUGAUUUUCAAAUCUUA